UCUAUCCCGUGUUUUUUUCGGAGUCACUAUCCUUUACAGAGCAGCGAGGCUCCUCGGUCACAACCAGCACACCAGCUGUGGGGCGAGGAUUUCAGUCACAGCGAAGACCCCUGGAAGCUGCAGGAGAGGAGAUAGCACGUUCGCCUGGAUAAGACCGCGAAAGCAGCCACAAACCUCCCGCUGUAUGUGUAUUUAUCCACCACACCAACUCCAGCAGAGAGCUUUAUCGGGAGGGGGGGAGAAAGGGUGGCACCAACGACGGACGGAAGAGGACGCACCACAGCCAGAGCGCACAGUGUUGUGUUUGUUGGACACACACAUGCCAGCGAAAACUAGCGCUAUCCAGACCUAAGGAAUUGGAUGAGAUUAGAAGACACCGCUGUUUGGUGGGUGGGUUUUUUUUUAAUCCCACCGAGGAGAUCCAAGGGUUUUCUGUAUUGCUCUGGGGAUUUUCUCCUUCUUUGCUCUAAGGGAAUGCGAAGGGAGGAAAUCCAGCCUCAGCUCCAAAUAUCUAGAGACUCUUAACUGGGUCUCCUCUCCAAACGCAGGAAAUACGGCCUGGGAUAAAAGUUUGGGAGCUUUUUGGAAAGUGGAGGAGGCUUGUGGCUGACGACUUGCACACGUUUUCGUCACUUUUUAAAACCGGGAACGUUUUCUGCUUUUGGCGCUUCUGAUUUUCUACAGAGGAGGUAGAAGAAAAGCAUUAAGAUGUUACACGCCGUCGGUGUUGUUAUUUGCAACAGUUUUGAUCAUCACUAUUUAUAGACCAGCCUGUUCCGACCGAGGGUGUUCCUCAUAGCUGUAUGUUUUGCCAACUGCGCGCAACAAGUUGCAGACACUCCCAGCAGAGGCAAACCUACGCUAAUUUGGGCCAGCGGAUGGUAGCCUAUUUUCUGCUCUUCUCUGUUCUGAUCAUGCGUCUUUGAAUAGCGCAUACCCCCUCCCCGAGCCCCUCUUUGGAAGGCAGAGGGGAAACAAACGGUGGAGAUCCGGAGAGGGAGUUCAGGAAAGGACGGGGCUGGAUCCGUGGGAAUAGGCCUGCCUGUCAGGCCUCUUAUGAUCUGGGUUUUGGACUGGACAGGACUGCGAAAUAACUCGAUGUGGAAUAUUUGCAAGGGCCCGCUGUAAAGAUGAAAUGGGAAUAUAUAGGAAUAAGAAAUGCAAAUCCUUAGCAGCCUGAGCCAUGCAAUGACAGUGGAUGUAGUGGAAGGUAAAGCCGCAUUCAUUACAGAGCUCAAACUUUAAAAAAGAAAUAAGGGAAUUAAACGUUUGCCCUUAUUUUAGGCAAACAAGAAUUUAAAUAUUUAGUACUUAAAAACUUACAUUCUGUGUAAAGGGAGAAUAAAACUCAUACAUUACUUUUUUGAAAACAGUUUACUUUUUUUGAUCCUUUACAAUGAGGGAAUUUAAAGUGUCCACGUGUUUUUGUUUCAGCACUACUUGUUCAUAACACAGACUUUAGGGGGGGGUUGUUGUGUUUUUUUUACACAAGGAGUGUAUAGGGAUAAUUUGUCCCGCAUGUUGUGGAGAUAAGAAGGGACAGUGUAACUUUUGUAGCCAGACGCCUGUUGACAGUCUAAAUCUAGCAUCUGCUCACACAAUGAAACAUUCGCCUUGAAUGCUUUCCCCCCUACCAAACAAACAGUGCUAUUGUGGAAUGAGGGAACUCGUAAGGGGUUUUUUCCCUAACGGCAUCUAACUGUAAUGUCAGUAGUACCGAAAUAUUGCGCACACUCAGAGGAGGUCAUUUCCAGUCAUGUAACGACAGGGCCGACUUGAUAAAGGCACAAAAACAGAUGCAUCACUAAAGGCUCCUUUCCGAGAAGGAUGUUCUAUUCAGGAGGCAGAAAGAGUGAUGACGGUGUUUUUACCGCAGCUGGAGAGAAAGCCGGGCUCAUACCCAGAGCCUCUUUGGAGAAGGAUACAUGUAAUGUGAGUACUGACGCAAACCCGGGGUCGGAUAAUGGACUGCUCAAGAAACUGGAACGGCGCGUCUUAUGUGAGUGAGUGUGCGGGCUGCUGCGUGCGUAGCACAUACGUCUGUCCCGUGCUCACCAUUCAUGCAGUGUGAUUAUUCCAACAAACACCUUUGCUCUCGCUUCCCCUCUGUCUGCCUGUUUGUCACUCCAUCACCGCCGCCUCCUCCCUUCUCCGCGUGCCACUUGUGCACACACGGCGCCCACGCACCGCGUCUAAUUGCCUGAGCAAUCAUCGGAAGAUAUCCACAUAAAAUAUUAAUAUCUGACACCUCGUCUCCGCGUCACACCAGUCAAUAUGGCCACUCUACAGCAUCAUCGGCAGCUUCUUAUGCAUGACACGGAGGUGGCAUGCGACUCCAGCGGGGACGGCGCCGUGACAGUGCGGAUUACCAACAGCGCACCACGCGUGCAUCAACAUGAGCCCCUGAGGGCUGCCAACAGUGGAGCAGGAGGAGGUGGAAGAGGAGGGGCUGCUGCCCGUGGGGCUGUGAAUAAAACGAACCCUAACACCCACAAAUGCAGCAUCUCCUCCAGCUGCAGCUCGGCAGACUCCAGACCGGCUGUGACCUCCACAUCCAGGGUUCACAGGAAGGUACCGCAACUGUUUGAACGCUCUGCAGCUCAGUGCUGGGACCCCAAGUUCGACUCUCCCAUCCUGGAGGAGGCGUGCCAAGAGAGGUGCUUUCCUCAGACCCAGCGGCAGUUCCGUUAUGUGCUGUUCUACCUGGCAGUAGCAUCUGUGCUCUGGGGGGUGUACUUUGGGGUCAGAAGUGACUGCUGCAACCCCGUCACCUUCCUAACCCCUACAGCCUUCUUUUUAGUCUUACUAGUGCUCCUUUUUUUGUUUACUUUCACAAAGUCAUACACGUUGCUGUACAACCAAACCUCCUUGCUCCUGAUAGCAUUUACCUUCGCCAUCACAUUAGCUCCACAGAUACAAACCGAUGGCUACACUGGGCUGGAGAGGGCCGGUGGUGGGAAUGCCUCACAUCCCUCACAGGACAGCACACCAGUAUGUUCAUCCCCUUGUAUUUCCCCUGUGGGAACCUUUUCCUUGUGCAUGGAGGUGCUGUUGAUUUUAUAUAGUGUCCUCCAUGUCCGCCUGUAUGCCUCUGUGAUGUUGGGGCUGCUGUAUUCUAUAUUAUUUGAGGCAUUAGGAUGGCUGCCGUUCCUUCAAAAGACUUCUGACACUCUCCAUUGGCUGGGACCCGCCAAAGCUCUGCUCCAUUUGUGCGCCCAUGUGAUUGGCAUCCACUUGUUCAUCAUGUCCGACGUGCGUUCUCGCAGCACCUUUCUCAAAGUGGGCCAGGCUAUCAUGCAUGGCAAGGACUUAGAGGUGGAGAAGGCCUUGAAGGAGCGUAUGAUCCACUCAGUCAUGCCGCGACCGGUCGCAGACGAGCUGAUGAAGCAGGGUGAUGAUGAGGGCGGUGGUGAGAACUCUGGAAAGAGAUAUUCCUCUGGUGCCUGCUCGACCUCAGCAGUUUCAGUGAGUGGCGGUGGGAGCAGUGGAGCUUCUCAAUCCCAAAGUGUCGCAAACUCCAAGAAUAACCCCCACAACAAUCACAAACGCAAAAAGACCUCAAUCCCUCGUGGGCAGAUAAUAUUUAGGCCUUUCAACAUGAAACGCAUGGACCCUGUCAGCAUCCUCUUCGCAGACAUUGUGGGUUUCACCAAAAUGUCUGCCAACAAGUCGGCACCAGCCUUGGUGGGCCUUCUCAAUGACCUUUUUGGACGUUUCGACCGGCUCUGUGAGCUAACCUGUUGUGAAAAGAUCAGCACUCUGGGUGAUUGCUAUUACUGCGUAGCAGGCUGCCCUGAGCCCAGACCGGACCACGCCUACUGCUGUGUAGAGAUGGGCUUAGGCAUGAUCCAGGCCAUCGAGCAGUUCUGCCAGGAGACACGUGAGACGGUCAGCAUGCGUGUUGGAGUCCACACAGGCACCGUCCUGUGUGGGAUUCUUGGAAUAAAACGCUUUAAAUUUGACGUAUGGUCAAAUGAUGUCAAUUUGGCUAACUUGAUGGAGCAACUGGGUGUGGCAGGAAAGGUUCACCUGUCAGGAGCCACUGCCGGAUUCCUGGAUGACCGCUACCUGAGAGAAGAUGGACGUGUGGCAGAGAGAGCCGGGCCGAGCGUGAUGGAGAAACUGAAGGAACUGAAAACCUACCUGAUAUCAGGGAGGAAGCUGGAUCAUGAUGUGCAGUGUGGCUGUUCUCAGAUGGCACUGCCAGGUGAGGAUUUUGAAGGGGUCAGCCGCUCCUCCUGUCCUCCGACCCACACACCAGACCUCAUCCCUGGAGGGGCGCAGGCCGCUGAGCCUCUGCUGCCACACCAACCACCUGACCGGAUUGGGCCUCCCUGUGUGUUUCAUAACACGGUCCUGUCUUCCGUGGCAGAGCAGGCUGAUGAUGUGGCUGUGCUGAAUGGCUGCCAGGAAGAGCACAAGACUAGCAGUGCCAAGUUUAUCCCAGGUCACAGCCCCAGGGCAGUCAAUGGCCUGCUGAGUCCCCCGCUGGAGGAACCAGUGCGGGCCAGUCAGAGUUCUCUAUGUGACACGGGAACUGGCACCAGUCUCGGCAUGGCCGGGGGCACGGGGGCAACAGGUACAGGCAUGGAUCACUCUGCCUUGAUACAGUUGCGUGCCAAGAACUACAGACAGAAGAGCGACGCCCAUUUCGUGGAUGUUAUAGGGGAGGACAGUCUAAUGAAGGAUUACUUUUUCAAACCACCCAUCAAUAAGAUCAGCCUUAACUUUCUAAAGAGACCUCUGGAAAAAGCCUAUCGGAGCAGCUACAAGGAAGAGGUCAGAAAUAUGGUUCCGGUGCAGACUUUUGCAAGCACCACCUUCAGCUCCUUAUUGGAUGUUCUCCUCAGCUGUUUUGUCUUUCUGGCCCUCACCCUGGCCUGCUUUCUUCCACCUCUCAUGAGCUCAUCCACUCUGGCUACCGCUGCCCUGGCCUUGGCUCCCCUGGCUGGUCUGUUUGAGCUGGCCUCCUUGGUGCUCUCCAUACGCAUGGCCUUCUACUUGGAGGAGGUGAUGAGCUGUACUCACUCCUUCCUCCUGGUAGUUUCUGGCUGGGUCUCUCGUCACGUGAUCGGGGCCGUGUUGGUCUCUCUCCCUGCCGUCUCUGUCUUGUCCCACCUCACUUCAGGCGUCCAGCCGGAAUCUCAGGUGACCAUGUUCCUGUGCUGUGCCACCAUCCUGGCCAUCAUCCAGUUUUGUAACUUCUGUCAGCUGAGUUUCUGGAUGCGCUCAAUCCUGGCCACUGCUACAGGGGUUGCUUUGCUGCUGCUGUUGUUGUGCAGUCCUCUGGAUGGGAAAAGCUCGAGUAAUAACAGCUUACCAGUUCAAGGACCAAACAUCUCAACAUUGAGUAAAGGCAGUUCAGAAAAUGGUCCUAAGAUAUUUCCUGACCUUUUGAUCUCAGAGGCCAUCCUGGCCUUCUUCUUGCUUCUUCUCCUGGUAUGGUUCCUCAAUCGUGAGUUUGAGAUCAGCUACCGUCUCCAUUACCACGGCAACGUCGAGGCUGACAAGCACCGCACCAAGAUCCAGAUGAUGCGAGAUCAGGCUGAGUGGUUACUCGGCAACAUCAUCCCCAUCCAUGUCGCUGACCAGCUCAAGGUGACCCAGAGCUACUCCAAGAACCACGACAGUGUGGGUGUGAUCUUUGCCAGUAUUGUGAACUUCAGUGAGUUUUAUGAAGAGAGCUAUGAAGGUGGAAAAGAGUGCUACCGUGUCCUGAAUGAGCUGAUUGGAGACUUUGACGAACUCCUUCGCAAACCUGAAUUCUCAAGCGUGGAAAAAAUCAAGACAAUCGGGGCCACCUACAUGGCUGCGUCGGGACUGAACGUCGAGCAGAUGGCUGAGAAUGAAUCGGAUUCUCCGCAUGCUCACCUCAUGGCCCUUUUCAACUUUGCCCUUGAGAUGAUGGGAGUCCUGGAUGAUUUCAACAAGAAUAUGCUAGGCUUCGGGUUCAAGCUCCGGAUUGGAUUUAACCAUGGUCCCCUGACGGCAGGGGUCAUCGGCACCACAAAGCUGCUCUAUGACAUCUGGGGAGACACAGUAAACAUUGCCAGUCGCAUGGACUCCACCGGCGUGGAGUGUCGGGUGCAAGUGAGCGAGGAAAGCCAUGCUGUGCUCAGUGCCAUGGGUUUAGAGUUUGACUAUAGAGGUACUGUGAAUGUUAAGGGCAAAGGUCAAAUGAGGACUUUCCUUUACCCAAAAAGUGGGGAAAGUAUAUACCAGGAUCAAGCGGAGCAGGCUGUCAGAAUUGGACCAUCGUCCGUGGUAUUACCUGUCAGUGAGACUUCAGUUGCCCAGCCUGUGGCUGCCCCUUCCACCUCUUCCACUCCUCCCUCCUCUCUUUCCACACUCUCUACUCAACCCCAAUGUGCUGUAAGGCCUCCAGGAGUAGGCCCUGAGCCUGUCUCAGUUAAGCCCACAGAAGUGAGGGAGGAAGGAUAUAGGGACGCUGGACAGCCCCCUGCCACAGACGUUCACACCCCUCCCCAUUCUGAACUAGCCCCAGAGCCAAGUGGUGGGCAAGGCCCCUCCCAGGUGCAGCCAGCUCCUCUCGCGCUUCAAGAAGAGGAGGAUGAAGAUGAGGAAGCGAAUGAGCUAACUAUACUCAAUGAGGAGUUUUAUGCUCGUCUCUGAUCCCUUCUGUCUCCUCCCGUCUCCUCCCGCUGUCUUCUAUUCCUCUUACUGCCCCCAGCUGCUGCCUCCCCAGGACUGAUUACAGAUGUUGGCGGGAUGUCUUUUCCUUUAAGCAAGUGUCUUUGGCAUGGAAGAUAGACUGGUCACGUCAAAAACAAAACCAGUGGAUGCAGUGGCUAUAAGAUUGUACUUGAUCUCUUUCAUGGGAGUGUUGCCUGAGUCCUGGGGCGGGUUUUACCUGUGUUGAGCACAGCAGUUUAUGAUGGCGAACGAGCUGAAAAGGGGAAGAGGGAUUUGUUGGUGGUGUUGUUGUUGAUGCUUUUGUUAUUAAGUGCCUUCAGGACUAGAACAGUGAACAAAAAUAAGAAUACUGAACAAGUUUUAACAAUGUUAGACUACAGAACAAGCUGUGGUUUCUUAUUUCAUGCUUUUAUUUUGAAUGCAAGUAUUUCUUACAGAAAUCAUUAUUGUUGUGCCAUAUCAACUGUUUUAACUUGAUCAAAGUCCUGACCUUACUUAAGGGAAAAUGAUUUUAGAUUUUAUAUAAGUGCCAAUGCAGCAUGACAGGCGGAGCUGGAAACUUUGGGAAGAAUGAGGGAAUCACAUGAAGCAGUGUUAAUUUAUGUAUUGUGCUUUGACAUCAGGGCUUAAUACAGUAUUCAUUUGUGCCAGAGUCUCACUUUCAAGGGACAUGCAGGCUGCAGAGAUUUUAGUUCGUGUAGCAGCUCAAUGCACAUUUUAAGCAAAGGUCUUGCACAGUGUUUUUCUUUUUUUCGACCACUUGUAUUCAGUAGUUAUUACCAAUAAAUAGCUUUUAAGAAACUUUAAACAGAGCUGAGAGAAUCAAAACCACAAAAUCUAAUCAGACAAGGGACUAUAGAUCUGGAAGAAAGGUGGUUUUAAAAAGUGAGACCAUCACAAAUGCAGGAAGGCACUUUAAAUAUACUGGGAUCUGUCUUUCAGGCAUUAAACGCUCACCUCUCACACAUGUCCAAUUUUACAGGUAGUGUAAAAUUGUCUCGAUGCGAGCUAGCUGAUAUUUCAGCUUUUUCUUUGAUCAGAACCACUCCUUUAUAUGGCGGGCUGCUUGGAAGACCAAAUAUCUGUCUGGUGAUAUUUUGUAUUUUUGUUUUGACCAAAUGAAAAGAAUGAAGAGGAAGCCAGCAGCGUGUUGGCCUGUCUUUGAAUACAGCCACUAUCCCAUUUGCUCCUACUGGAAUCCUGAUAAAUAGCCAAAAUACGAGAAUCACUCUUUCAAACUACCAUAAAUUCAGCACUCCCAUUUACCCCACUCACAUCCACACCAACAACACAGAUUUCACUCAUUAUUAAUUAUAAGAGAGUCCUAAUAAUGCUGGCAGGUAGUAUGAUACUUGCAAGUAGGAUAAAGGUCACACUUUCGAGGAUGCCAAUGUUCACAUUUUGGACAGAGAGGACAGAUGGUUUGAAAGAGGAGUGAAAGAGGCCAUUUUUGUCCACUGUGAGCGACCAUCUUUGAACAGAGGCGGUGGUUUACGACACCA